AGGAAGUAGCGCUGCAAGGCAGCAGAGACUUCGGCAAAGGCCCGAGGAAGGUGGGGGGGGGGAACUCCCCUCUUUUCUCCCGCCUCGCGCGCUCUCCUCCGCCCCCUCCCUCCCGCUUCCUCCCCGGGUGACGUUGCCCGCCGGAAAGUUUCCCCGAAUCGACAGCGCGCGCCCACCUUUCGAGGAGAGCCGAAGCUUCUGCGGGUGGCGUCGCUUCGCACCUGGGAGCCGCAGAGGAGCGCAAGGGGCCGGGAGGGGAGAGGACCGGAGGGCUUUCUAACCAUCCCUUUGGGAGCGCGCAACCUGGCGCAGUCGGUGCAGCCAAGCGAAUUCCCAGCAUGUCUCAGUGGAAUCAAGUGCAGCAGUUGGAACCCUGUUUUUUAGAGCAAAUAGACCAGAUUUACGAUGACAUCUUUCCCAUGGAAAUUCGACAUCUUUUAGCACAGUGGAUUGAAAGCCAGGACUGGGAGUCUGCAUAUAGCAAUGAGUCUACAGCAGCUAUGCUGUUGCAUAACUUAUUCAUAAAACUGGAUGAGCAUUUAGAGCGUGUUUCUCAGGAGAAGAACCUCCUUUUGAUACAUAACCUAAAGAAAGUCAGGAAAAUUCUUCAGGCAAAAUACCAAAGUAACCCUUUACAUAUAGCACUGAUUAUUUCAAACUGUUUAAGAGAAGAAAGAAGAGUGUUGGCUUCCGCAAGUAUGCCAGUUCAGGGACCUCUAGAAAAGUCACUACAAGACUACUUGGGUUCAGAAAGGCAAAGAAAAAUCGAACUCAAGGGUUCUGAAAUUAAAAACAAUACACAGAUGACAGAACAAGAUGUCAAAUAUCUAGAAGAUUUGCAAGAGGAGUUUGACUUCAGGUUUAAAACUAUAUGCAACAUAGAACAGAAUGACAAAAACAGUCCUGUCAUGAAGCAAGAGAUGCUGUUGUUGCAGGAAAUGCUCAAUACCAUAGACUACAAAAGAAAGGAAGUUCUCAGUAAAAUGGCACAAAUAGUAAGGGAGGUUGAUGCCUUGGUGAAUAACAUAUUAAUAGAAGAGUUAUUGGACUGGAAGAGACGGCAACAAAUCGCUUGCAUUGGAGGCCCUCUACACAGUGGGCUUGAUCAGCUGCAAAACUGUUUCACACUGUUGGCUGAGAGUCUUUUUCAAAUAAGAAGGCAGCUGGAGAAGCUGAAUGAACUUUUGAUAAAACUCACCUACGAAGGAGACCCCAUUUCAUUACAAAGACCUCAUUUGUUGGAAAGAAUAAAUGCUUUACUUUACAAUCUUUUCCAAAGUUCAUUUAUAGUGGAGAGACAGCCUUCCAUGCCAACUCAUCCUCAGAGGCCUUUGGUUCUUAAAACGAUGAUACAGUUUACUGUUAAACUUCGGCUACUAAUUAAAUUGCCAGAGCUGAACUACCAGAUUAAAGUGAAAGCUACUAUUGACAAGAAUGCCUCUACUAUAAGCAACCGCAGAUUUGUUCUGUGUGGGACUCAUAUAAAAGCAAUGAACAUGGAUGAGCCUGCAAACGGGAACCUUUCAGUGGAAUUUCGACAUUUGCAGCCAAAAGAAAUGAAAGCAAGUGGUACAAGCAAAGGAAACGAGAUUCCUCAAGUGGUAACUGAAGAACUACAUUCAAUCACUUUUGAAACACAGAUCUGCUUAUGUGGGUUGACUAUAGAUUUGGAAACGAGCUGUUUACCAGUCGUGAUGAUUUCUAAUGUCAGCCAAUUGCCUAAUGCUUGGGCUUCCGUCAUCUGGUACAACCUGUCCACAAGUGAACUCCAGAACUUGGCUUUCUUUAAUAAUCCAAUCCCUGUCACUUUGAGUCAACUCUUAGAAGUCCUGAGCUGGCAGUUUUCAUCAUAUGUUGGCCGUGGACUGAAUUCGGAUCAACUUGGUAUGCUGGCAGAAAAGCUAACAGGGCAACAGAUUAGUUCCGGUGAUUAUCAGCUUUCAUGGUCAAAGUUCUGUAAGGAACAUUUGCCUGGUAAAUCGUUUACAUUUUGGGCAUGGCUUGAAGCAAUCUUGGAUCUGAUUAAAAAACACAUUCUUCCUCUUUGGAUUGACGGGUGUAUAAUGGGUUUUGUGAACAAAGAAAAGGAGCGAGCUUUGCUGAAAGACAAGAAACCUGGGACGUUUUUGCUGAGGUUUAGCGAAAGCAAUUUAGGAGGGAUUACGUUUACCUGGGUAUCCCAGUCUGAAAAUGGGGAAGUGAAAUUUCACUCUGUUGAACCAUAUAACAAAGGCCGCUUAACUGCCCUGCCAUUUGCAGAUAUAUUACGAGAUUACAAAGUUAUUUCGACUGAUAACAUUCCUGAAAACCCAUUGCAGUAUCUUUAUCCCAAUAUCCCCAAAGACAAAGCUUUUGGAAAGCACUACAGCUCUCAGCCUAAUGAAGUAUCAAGACCCACAGAAGGAGGAACCAAAGGUUAUGUCCCCUCUGUCUUCAUUCCAGUCUCCAAAAUUCUGAAUAAUUCCACAGAUCCACCUUCUCCAUCAGAUCUUCUUCCCAUGUCACCAAGUGUUUAUGCUGUUUUGAGAGAACACUUGAGCCCUUCUGUAAUGGAAACUGCUUUGAAUUCUCCGUAUGCAGCUGAGUGACAUUCAGAUACUGAAGAUUUUAAAAUCUUGAACAAGUUUGUGUGUAUUAAUAUGUGUUUAUAAGAUAAUGUUUUUAAUUUCCCUAUACUGUAAAUAUAUUUUUCUAAGAGAUAUACAGAAUUCUCAUCUUGAUUGUAACUCUUAAUUUGCUUAAACAAAUAUUUGAACUGGUUCAGAUAAUGGUUUGACAUGGCUAGAAUGAACCUCAUACAUGGUACUAUUCAAACUUUCAUUGAUAUAACUAGGUUGAAUUCGCACAUCAUACAAUGUUAAUGUUAAUUUAAUCUGAUUAACAUGUAUAUCUAGGAGAUGCGUUGGCUCAGGGGCUAGGACACUGAGCUUGUCAAUCGAAAGGUCGGCAGUUCAGUGGUUCGAAUCCCUAGUGCUGCCAUGUAACGGGGUGAGCUCCCAUUACUUGUCCCAGCUUCUGCCAACCUAGCAGUUUCGAAAGCAUGUAAAAAAUGCAAGUAGAAAAAAUAGGGACGACUUUUGGUGGGAAGGUAACAGCGUUCCAUGCAUCUUUGGAGUUGAGUCAUGCUGGCCACAUGGGGACGUCUUCAGACAGUGCUGGCUCUUCGGCUUUGAAACAGAGAUGAGCAGUGCCCCCUAGAGUCAGGAAUGACUAGUACGAAUGUGUGAGGGGAACCUUUACCUUUACCUUGAUCAUGUAGAUAUUGAUAAUUACAUUAACCAAAAUUUGCGGUCAAUUUUGUUCCAUGGACAUAUCCACUUGUGGCUUAUUCAGUUAAGAUAUUUUUCAUUUCCAAAAUUUAGAUAUUACAGAAAUUGAUUUAUUCAAACAUGAAAAUAAAAACAUUACUUCAUGUGUGAAAAAUAGGAAGUGAGAUACCCAUGUUUAUUAAGUGCAAGAUUAAUGCAGUAUUUUUAUAGUUUAAUAGUUUAGGUCAGAUGCUUAGUCCAAUCCACACACAACAAAAUUACGCUUUUCAAUAUAUCCUAUUUUUUUUAUAUAGUUCAAUAUGCUUUUAUACCAAAUGUUUACAAGGGACAAAGUUUCAAGACAGCGUAUUACGGAACUUCAACAGCAGUGUGAUUGAAAGUGAAACACGUCAUAUUGUAGAUUUUUAUUUAAAGCCAGGUUAUUGUAAUAGCAAAAUUAAAUUAACAGUCAGCUGAAAUACAGAAUGGCCCCUGGAUUAUGUAGUUUCCUCAGAAAGUGAUGUUCCAAUCAGUAAAUGAAAUAUUUUCUAGUAUUUUAAAUUUGUGUAGCAUGCUAGAUGAUUAUGCUAUAUUUUUCCAAUGCUGUUCCACAAAACUCUGAUUUUAUAUAAACACUUUCUA